AUGCCAAGUGUAUGUGUGCGGAGUGUUUCUCCGCGUAAUACACUGCCUAGACCCACUCCGAGGAAGAAAGCUAUGAAGAAAGUUGUUCCACCAGGAGCUUCCCCUGGUCAGAAAAGAAUCGAAAAGGGAUCUCUCGAGUGUGAUGAUUUGGCCACCCCGCGCUCGUCAACAUACGAUGUGAGAGAACCUGAAACGUCUUCAUCACUAACAUCAUCUAUGGUACAGGAAAGUCGUGACUCGUCUAAUCCUUCACCAAGUGAAGCUAGAGAUGUAGUUACGGACUUUGUAGCUCCUAAGCAAUUCCGUUGUGUUGCCAAAUCGACGAAAGCGAAGCGUCUUCGUUUUUACCGAAAUGGAGAUCAGUAUUUCAAGGGUAUAACCUAUGCUCUCCACACAGAUCGCAUACGUAGUAUGCAACCUCUUAUGGAAGAUUUGACACGGACCAUGGGCGAUUCUCAAAAUCUGCCUCAUGGUAUUCGGCACAUACUUUCCAUUGAUGGACAGUUCCGUGUGACGGAAAUUGAUCAAUUUGAGGACGGAGAGUCUUAUGUCUGCUCAAGCAAUGAAACUAUCAAAUCUAUGGACUACACGAAAGCCAAAGAACCUUCGUGGUGUUUUACCCUCUCAAGGCCCAGCAAGAUUAGCGACUCAAGUUUGUUAGGCUUGGAACCUCGCGAGGCCGAACCAACUGAUUUCGUUGAGCCCCGUAUCAUCACAGUCAUUCGCAAUGGUGUGAAACCCAGAAAAGUAGUCAGACACUUAUUGAACAGGAGAAGUGCAAGGUCUUAUGACCAAGUAAUGCGAGACCUGACAACUGUAGUUAAGCUCGAUAGCGGAGCUAUACGGAAGCUGUUUGAUCUAUCCGGAAGACCUGUUUUGUCUUUACGAGAUUUCUUUCGUGACGAUUAUGUGUUUAUUGCUUAUGGAAAUGAGAAACAUAGCGCUGAUGAUUUCUAUGUUAUUUCUGAAGAGUAUAAAAGUUUGGGAGUCAAUAGAAGUAAAAUCCCGUUGAGAAGACGAGUGAUGCCUAAUAGGAACGAAAGCUUACGUGAUGAUCGUUGUGGUUCAGUGAUUCCAGAUGAACUAGCGAGACAUUUGCCUGAUGAAUUGAAUGGUCUUUUUGACAUUCUUCAGCUUUUAGGGGACGGUAAUACUGCUUUAGUAUAUGAAGUAAUGGAGAGAGCUUCUUCUGAACGGAAAGCUCUGAAAAUUAUCUCUCGAGAGAAUACAAUCGGAAAAGAGAGUCUCAUAGAGAGUGAAUUGGCCAUAAUGAAGAAGAUUGAACAUCCUUAUAUUGUGCGAAUGUUUGACGAUUGGUGUAUUAAUGGAUCUCAUUAUUUAUCGCUAGAGUUAGUUGAGGGUGGGGAUCUUUUCGAAUAUUUACGAAGAGCACGUCGAAUGACUGAACGACAAACAGCCGGCCUCACAAAAUGUUUAUGCGAAGCUUUAGAUUAUCUCCAUGAACGAAACAUUGUACACCGCGAUGUGAAGCCGGAAAACUUGAUCUUAUACUGGAAAUCUGAUAGUGAAAUGGAGUUGAAAUUGGCCGACUUUGGUUUAGCUACAGAAAUGCCCUCAGAUGGUUCUUUACUCUCAGUAAUUUGUGGUACACCUACUUAUGUAGCUGCAGAAGUCCUCACUGGAACAGGAUACGACGAGAAAGUUGAUAUUUGGGCUACUGGUAUUAUUCUUUAUGUCAUGUUAGGUGGCUUCCCUCCAUUCCAUAGUAGUGAUGGAUCCCAAGAAGAGUUAUUCCGACAAAUUGUUCGAGGAAAAAUCGGAUUUCCUUCUCCAGCCUUCGAUAAUAUAUCUUGGUCUGUUAAAGACUUAAUUUUGAACCUGGUGAAUAUUGAUUAUACAACCCGCUUUUCAGCAGACCAAAUACUCAAUUCAAAAUGGAUUCAGACAUUAGGUGAUGUGCCUUCCGAACUAGAAAUGAUGGCUGAACUAAGCGUCCAAGCUAGAACAGAAGAAGAGGUUUAUGUUGAGGAAACAGAGCGCGAGUUUUAUAUGUCUCGUCGAGCCUCUAUGGAUGAGUUGAGCGAAAGUGGCGCAAUAGACUUUGACUAUGAGUUCACUCGGCAUUACAGUUAA